UUUUCAGCCAACGUAAAUGAGUUACUGUCAAGCAGUUUAAGUGGACGUCCAGAAAAAGAGAUCCUAAUACUGAAACUUCUCGCUGUGGCUUUGGCAACAACUUGAGUAAACAAGAUCUCAGUUACAUCCCUAGAAUAGACAGCACAGCGACAAUAUAAGGCAGUCACGCAUAUACCAGUAAUUUAAACAGGCGAUCGUCAUUUCAACCACUUCAUAGUACGUGCUGAAAUGUAAUACAACAGCUGAAUAAGUUCGUUUUUGCUCCAAGCCAGGAUCAAUAUGGCAACACUGCACACCUUCGCAUGGAUAGUCUCAUCACUUCUUUUAGUGGACACACUGUGCUAUCUGGUAGAUACCCAAAGUUGCCACAGUGACCAGUACAGGUGUUCCAACGGAGUGUGCAUUCCUCGUUCUCAGGUUUGCGACCACUAUAACGAUUGCGGAGACCAAUACGAUUCAGAUGAGAAUCCUGCAUUGUGCUCCUCAGAUUCUGACAUUUACUGCUGGGAUCGCAGUUUUGCAAGUAUACUGUGCAUUGAGCGAAACACCAGUGGCCUAUUCCAGCAUUCCUUCUUGGAAAACGAUACUGCGAUAUAUAUAUUUACUGCGCCUACAACUUACUCCCAGUACACGUACCUCACUGAGGUUGGCCUGAAUGUGCCGGCCUUUAACUUGUCGGGGCUGGGUGACAAAACUGUGAUGGUCAGCAUUUCAUCAGCUAACUGUUUGCAGACGACGAGAAUUUUCAUCACUGACUUCGAGCAGAUUUCCAAGAAACUACGAGUUCCUCUCCAUGUUGAGUCCGAGGAAACAAUCCGUGUCACGAUUGAGUACUUCGUGGAUAUUCAGAGCCGUCCUGCAGUACCAGUCAACGUGACAUGCAAUGAUUGCGUCGAUUUGUAUUUCCGAACGCACUUCAGUGGCUGCGAAUGUUUUAGGGAUUACGCCGCCUGGAGAACACUUAUUGCUUACAGGCAGCUCUGGUUCAACGUCACUUGUAGCGUGCCUGAAACCAACGAAAUCUUCUUUUCGCUGUACGACAGGUGUCUUGGACCACCAUCUUUCGAAUACAUUAGCCCUGAUGUGACGUCAUUUCUAAAUGAUGAAAUCGUUCUGUCGUGUGUGGCAAUCGGUGAUGUUGCCCCGGUUGUAAAAUGGGUCGAUGAAGAGGGAAACGUGCUGAACUCGAGUCUGAAUGGAGUCUACUUGAAGACUGUGGUGACUGACUUCCCUCAAAGAUUUAGAUGUGUCCUGGAUGACUUGAAAAUCAGUAGAGAGGUCACAGUGGCCAAAUGGGGGCCCGUUUGCGAAGAUAUUUACAAUGUAAAGAAUCUCCGUUACUAUCGUUCUGCACCUAAGUGCUACUCAUCGCGACUUCUUCGAAUAAAAUCUUCCAAUUUCAGCCUGAUUCGCCCUGUGAUAGCACACCACCUGACUGUCACACACCUCUCGCCACCGACCCUGCACUUGAAGUACGACGCUCGAAUGAGAUCGUUUGGAAAUGAGUAUCUUCUGUUCUAUGACAAUCAAAAGGACGGCCAUGGCACGGUGGUCAGGUUAAAUGACACUGCUGAGAAAUUUGACGUGCAACUUGUGCCCCCAGCUGUCCUAAAAAAUGGCAGCUUUGAAUUUACCUUGUCUGCAAAGUUCCUCAAUAAACAGUUUCCAAUACCGUUUGUGGCGAUGUCUGCAGAGCUGUCAGUGAUCGAUUGCCAAGAGCGAGACAGCUGCGACGAAUUCUUUAGAGAGUGGACCAGACUCGAGACUGCGUUUGUGGAGUCAAGUUGCGGUAAUGGACUCCAGCAGGAGUAUCUGUCGUACUUGCUGUGUCGCGAAUCCACAUCAGACCCCGGACCAGUUCCGGUCGUUUCAUCCUCUGCCCGACAUCUGAUUGAAGCCCCGAAUGAUUUGCUGAGCAACCAGCCCUUCCCGGUUGUCUGCCCGAUUGAGAAUGCCGCCAGUUACGACUGGUAUCGGAUCAACUCUGACGGCCGGCGCAAGUUCGUCACCAAUGGCUGCAAGCUCAUCUUUCCUUCGUUUGAAGAUCUGAGGGAUCAAGGGGCAUAUAUCUGUGUUGGGAGAGGGAGAAGUCCUCUCGUCACUGCUACGGCGGAGCAUCGGACAGUCGUGUUGAAAUCAGGCAUCACCACAUUGGCUGUCAACUUGACGCUGAAGAAUGAAACAUUCACUGACGAUUUAAGUAAUACAUCCAGCAUCGCUUUCAGUACCCUGAAAGAGAAAAUACGCAGCCAGUUGCCAUUGGAUGUGAUAUAUACACCUGUCAUAGCUUACGAUGUUGUGCGCUUCUACCCGGGCAGUGUUAUCGUCGGUUUAAAAGUAAUCUUGAGUUCUCGGAUUAAUAUGCUAGACGCUGACUCUGUAGCAUCGCUGCAAAUGGCAAUAUCUUCAAAUGCCUCCAGUCAACCUGGACUGAACAUCGAUCCCCUCAGAGUAACGGUGGUUUCACUCUCUUCCUGUCCUGUCGAAGUUAUUGAAAUAGCAGGGAGAGAUGUGACAUUCCCACAGACCAGAGUAGGACAAAAUGUUGAGUUGCUGGAAGAAUGCAUCGUUACCGGAAAGAAGGGCGUGAUUUUAAUUUCUCGAACGUGCGAAGGAGAUUUCACCCAGAAUGCUCAUUGGCUUGAACCCGUGUUGGGCAGUUGUAACGUUAAUGUCACUGGCCAGCUGGAUGAUUUAAAACAAAUAAAUGUAACGAGUGAUAACGUGGAGGAGGUGGCUGAAUCUCUUUACUCCAUUACCAGUAAUUCGUCGCCAAUUGAUGACGAGGCACUUUCAUCGGUAGCUGACGUCCUAGAUAACAUUCUCCACGUUCGGGAUCCUUCUCCUGAGGUAACAUUGAAUGUUGUAAGUGCUGUGAACAAUAUCCUACAAGUCGGCAGUGAAGUUUUUGAGAAGCUGUCGGACGGUGGUUCAACCUCCCGCAUUGUACAAGCCGUCGAGAGUCAAAUCUCGCAUGUUCUCGAAGACGGUGCGAACUUCACCGCGGUCAGGAGUACCCUCGCUGUCGCAGCGCUGAACAUCCCUCCGAGUUCCUUGGGCGAAGGAGUGGGUUUUGUUGUCACGGGAGAGAUUUCUGAUAGCGUACUGACAAAUGACAGCGUCGGUAUUUAUUAUGGCUCUGACUUUCCUGUCGACGAGACAGUGCAGUCAUCUAUUCGGCUUCCAGGCGCGGUAUUACGGAAACAUCUAUCGGUCAAUAUUCCGGUACCCAUAAGCUUCGUGGUGUACCAAUCCAGCAAGUUAUUUCACUCGACGCUCAUCGAUGAAGCCGUCUCAAGUGGUUCCCUUCGGUUCGUUGGCAGCGCGGUGAUUUCUGCCACAGUGAUCGGUGUCUCAGUAGACAAUCUUCCUGAAGACGACCCAGUCGUUGUCACUUUCCAGCAAAAACCCCUGACAAAGGGAACGAUACAGUGUGUUUUCUGGGACAGCCAACUGCAAGGUGGUGUAGGGGAUUGGUCGACAGAGGGCUGCAGACGGCAUGCCUCAAGCGGCGGGAGGACCGUGUGUCACUGCAGUCACACCACCAGCUUUGCUGUUCUGGUGGACAUUCACGGCCAGCGCAGCCCCAUUUUGGCUCUUGACAUCAUCAGUAAGAUUGGAUGUGCUCUGUCGAUUGCUUCCCUGGUUUGUACCAUCAUCAUAUACCUUGCUAUCAAGUCCCUGCGAGCGAAGACACCGAGUCGCAUCUUGGUCUGCUUCUGUCUGACACUCCUCUGUCUCUAUCUGGUGUUCCUCGUGGGCGUCGAGCAGACGUCUUCCCGCGCGGGCUGCAUCAUCGCUGCAGUCUUACUGCACUACCUCUCCUUAGCCUCCAUGGCCUGGAUGAGCGUGGAGGCAACCAAUCUCUAUCUCAAACUAGUCAAGAUCUUCAACUCGGACGUGAAACACUUUAUGAUCAAGGCCGGUAUCGCUGCCUGGGGCUUGCCAAUGAUUGUUGUUAGUAUAAUACUGGCGGUGGAUUACACAGUCUAUGAAAAUGAAACCAGUUGCUUUUUGAAGCCUAGUGUAGCCUUCUACUACGGUCAGCUGCUCAUGAUUGGCCUGGUUUUCCUUUAUAAUGCCAUCAUCUUUGUCCUGGUCGCUCGUCGUUUGACCUGUAAGGCUGACAAGAUCCAGAGUUCUUCCAAGAGAGGUAAGCGGUCCAAGAUUGCCAAGCGCCUGCAGAACAUGGUUUCCGUCUCGGUAUUGCUUGGCCUGACAUGGGCCUUCGGCCUGUUGGCCGUGAUCGAGUCCUCGACCUUUGCCUUCCAGAUCCUCUUCUGCGUCUUCAACUCCCUGCAAGGCCUGUUCAUCUUUCUGCUCUUCGUCGUCCGACAGGACAAAAUACGGAGUCAGGUUCUGAGUUGCUUCCGGAGGAGGAAGCAGAAUUCUGGUAAGACGACAGACCGCCUUGUAUUGCCGGUGCCCCAGUGCAUCGGCAAGCAACUGCCUCAACUCAGCGAUGAUGAUGAACCGAAAGAGAAUGAAGAGAAAGAGACGAUAAAGUUAUAGAUCAAUUGCAAAUGAACUUGAUAUUUCAAAGUACAUGUACCUCAUUACAGUGCCAGCAUUCGCUGCAUAGUUUGAUUAGCGAUAAAUAGUGCCAUUUCAGUUGCUUAGUUCAUGAUAACAUGUUAUUGAUAAUUUACUAAAAAGAUACAUUCCAAUUACUAUGUGUGAUAACACAUUACCCGUUUGCAGAUCUUUUUGGUAUGAAGUUUAUCCAGCAUCUGGAGCACGUGCAUGUUUAAACCAAUAAGUUCCACGUGCUGGAAGGAAAUUUAAAAAUGCGACGCCGGUCACCGUCGCAUUGUAUUACAUAUGCGCAUCUGCAGAGGUGUGCAACUGCAACAAAUCGUUUGUCUUGAAGAGCGAUUCAGGAAUGAAUGUCCGCAUUUUUAAUAAACUUUCUCUCAAAAAAUAAUUUUUUUAUUCUGAAAAUGUGAAAACGAUCAUUCUCUGAAUACACGUAUAAUAAAACGCAUGACGUGCCAGGAAGAGGUUCUAUACUUCAGUAAGAUAUUUAGUUAAAAGUCACGUAUAGAUAAAUUUUUACUGUAAUUGAAUUGUGCUACAUGAUUAGCAUGACAGUCUCUGUAGUUUUAGCGGUGUCUUAGAAGUGGAAGCAAUUUUAAUUCCACGUUCAUUUCUUGUAAACUAGCAAUUACACGCUCAGUGGUGCUAGCCAUAUAUCAAGUUAUAUUUUCAUUUCCUUCUAUAGUUUGAGUUUCGAGUGUACUAACAGACCAAAUAACAGUUACAGAUAGGAUCCCUCAAAUACUGGGCAUAAUCGUGCAUUUUUUGGUUACAUGAAAAGCAUUUUGAGUUAUUUGCAGUAUAAUUCAUGCUCGUGGGUAUUUGUUAAUAAUGAGAAGUCAAAUAAAAUUUUUAAGGUUUCUGAAAUAUUUUCAGCUGUUUAGUUUCAAGGUUCUGCGCUCAAAUGUUAUGUUCCAAGAUUAUGCUUGUCCAAUCACUAUAACUGCGACAUAGUUUUUAAAAUUGUUACAAGUAUAUUGACUUUAAUUUAUUGGUUGAGAGUGAUUAAAUUGAACUUUAUUGGUUUAGAGCAAUAAUAAUUUCAUUUGUUGGAAACGACGAACUUCAGUUGGAUUCUUCUCGAGCUGUCUUUUGUUGAGAACGUCGUCGAUACAUUUUUGGGAUUAACUUAAAUGCAAGUGAAAUAGCCAGGUUUGCAUAUUUUGCCACAAGACGAAUCGCCCUGAGCGUGUAAUUACAAAUUUGUAAUAGGAUUACGUAAUAACAUGCGAUAUAAUGCAGUUAACAUUUAAGCUGGCGACAAUAUACCAACUGAUCUUUACCUUAGAAAGUGUUAAGGAGUGGUUUUAAACUGGUACUUCUGAAAACCGGAGAAAGGCCUAGCGCAAAAAUGAGCAAAAUUGGGACUGCCGUGAGCUCGCCCGGUUAGCUCAGCCGCCGUGUUGAAGUCGAGACCACUUAAGACCUUCACAAGACCGCGCAAGGCCAACGCAAGACAUGCAGUCUCAAUUCAAGUCACAAGCUAUUCAA